AUGGACAUUCCCAAUCUCACCUCGCCUCUCCGGAUUGGCGAGCUCGAUGUUAAACAUCGGGUUGUCAUGGCCCCGCUGACUCGCAAUCGUGCCGACGACCACCACGUGCCUCUGGAUAUUUCACGCGAGUACUACGGGCAACGGGCGAGCGUCCCUGGGACUCUACUCGUCAGUGAAGGCACCUUCAUCUCCGCCCGGGCAGGAGGCACGAAUAACGUUCCAGGCAUCUGGAGUGAAGCCCAAAUUCAGCAGUGGAAAACAAUUACAGAUGCCGUCCAUGCACGCGACAGCUACAUCUUUUGUCAACUCUGGGCACUAGGGCGUGCAGCCAACCCAGAAGUUCUCGCCAAAGAUGGCAAUGAGGUCAUUUCGAGCGGAAAUCUUCCAAUAACAGAGACGAGUGCAAUUCCGAGGCCAUUAUCUGAGGAGGAAAUCAGAAGCUGGAUUGCAGACUAUGCAACCGCCGCGAGGAAUGCAAUUACAGCUGGAUUCGAUGGCGUGGAGAUCCACGGCGCCAAUGGCUACUUAUGCGAUCAAUUCCUGCAGGACACCUGCAAUAACCGGGACGAUCAAUGGGGUGGUAGUGUUGAAAAUCGAUCGCGAUUUGGGAUGGAGGUCGCCAAAGCAGUGAGUGCUGCGAUCGGUGCCCAUCGAACCGGGUACCGAAUCAGUCCUUGGAGCACCUUCCAGGGAAUGCGCAUGCAGAACUUUCAACCUCAGUUCACUGACCUGGUGGAAAGCUUGCGCACAUUGAACCUUGCCUACCUACAUGUGGUUGAGCCGCGCAUAUCAGGCUCCACGACAGUUGAGGGUGACCAUGAAGAACAUGAUUUCCUACUUGACGCCUAUGGCAGCGAUCGUGUAAUCAUCCUCGCUGGCGGGUUCACUGCAGCAUCAGCAGAGCAGACAAUCAAGGCCUAUAAGCCUAAUGAAAUCGCGAUUGCAUUUGGUCGCCACUUCCUCGCCAACCCUGAUCUCCCAUUCCGACUCGCCAAGUGUAUCGCGUUGAAUCAGUACCAGCGGGCCACCUUUUAUACGCCCAAGUCCCCGAUCGGGUACAUCGACUAUCCGUUCAGUAAAGAAUUUUUCCACUGA